CGAAACAACUCCUUGCCGCUGUCGCAUAAUUGAUAGGUCCAUUCGAUACUGACAUUGAACGGCCGAUGCACGGCGCCGGCGGCCGACCGCUUGAUUACAGAGGCCAGUUAUUUGCGUACUGCUACUGCGAUAACGCGCGCUCCCCCGUGCGCCGUCUCGGCCCCCUCACCCCUGCAUCUACGCCGAGGGUUGCUACCCGAAAAAAUGGAUCAGUGAUACACGCAGUGUCUCAGUGCCCGAGUGCUUUUAGCAUACGAUGUGUCGUAAAUAAAUAGUGAUUUGAGUGUGUCGUUGGUGCCAGUGCGUGUGGACAGACAUGAGUGUGGUCAAGGAGAAGCCUGGAGCUCCCGGGGCCCUGGAGGACGACAAUGUGACGUCACGGCGGUCCAUGUUGGACGAUUUGCAGUUAGCAGCCGAACUCGGGAAGACCCUACUAGAAAGAAAUAAGGAAUUAGAAACAGCGCUACGGCAACACCAGAAUGUCAUCGAGGAUCAGGCCCAAGAAAUAGAGUACCUAACAAAACAAACGGUAGCACUACGGGAGGUCAAUGACUCGAGGCUACGAAUCUACGAGCAGCUGGAGGUGAGCAUCCAGGACCUGGAGCGCGCCAACCACCGCCUCGCCGUCGACCACGCCGCCGACAAGAAACACAUCAAGACCUUGUGCUCGAACAUCGAGACUUUGGAGGCGAAAUGCGAGGAGUUACAGAAGACUGUGGACGACCUGAACGCGCAGUUGGAGAUCGCGCGGAGACGGGCGGAGCGAAAGCCGGAGACCGGCGACCCGGCGAAAGAAAAGCCGAAAGUAUUGGAGCCGGUGACUCCCGACUCCAAGAAGCCGUCAGUCAGCAGCACGCCGCUGAAAGCGCCGAUCCCUCUCCCAGAACUGACCAAAGACGAUGAGGAUCUACUGCGGCUGAGCGACGAGCUCCGGGAGAGCAAGGUGGCCUUCGCGCAGGAGCACCGGCGCACCACAGAGCUGGAGGAACAGCUCGCCUCCAUGGUACAAGAGAACAAUAGACUGCACGAACAGAUGAGGAACUGGCAUCAGCGGGAAGAUGAACCCAAGUCGAUGCACGAGGAAUUCUCGAUCCUUGAAGAAGUUAGACAAGGCCAGCUGUGCAUCAGAUGCCUGCGGGGCGCGGACCGCGGCGACGACAUGUCGUCCAUGUUGGAUGACGACGACCGCAGCGCCAUUAGUUCCCUCAUCCUGCCACCCUCAGGCCAGGAUAGCCCGAGAGAGGACCACGUCAAUAGCAAACUUGUCAAGUUCGACAACGCCAAGGAAAAGCUGCUACAGGGUAUCUGGGCGAACAAGGAAGACGGUCACGAGAACCCUUACAGAGAGCUGGUACAGAAGUACGAGGCUUUGCUCGAAGUGCAACUGUCUCAGGUGAAGAACAUCAAGAAGAACAAGCAGACGGUGGCGCCCUCUGGACCGCUGUCUCUGCAGGAUGAGCUCCAGACUUCUGGAGACUUCAGCCAGUUCAGCGUGAAAGACACUGAUGAGGAGAGCGGCCACGGCGAGGAGCAAAAAGAACAGAAGAAGGCCGAACCCGUCUCGCGCAAGAAGUUCAUCCAGACCCCUGACUUUUCGGAGGCGGAAACCUCAAGCUCAGGAUUCUCCGAUGAGACGAGCAAUAAGGCGACGCAGACGGAGCGGGAAAGGCCCGGGUCCUUCCUCUGUACUAUAGCUGAUGGAGAGGACUACCGGUUCAGCAUCUACGACGAUGCUGUCGCCAGCCCCAUGGACAGUCGCUUCCGCAACCGCCCCGAAUACAGGGAACUAUUCAAGGAAAUCUUCACCAUCCUUAAGAAAGCCGCCGAGAAUAAGGACGAUGGCGAGCAACUGCCGCUUCUGGACGAUACGGCCGCUAGCAAGGUGCCUCCCGUGACGCCCGCCAACGAGGACCCGCCGGGCACCUUCACCGACGACACCCAGAGCGUCCUGUCGUCUGCCAUGUCUGAACAGUCGAUUCCAGUGUCCGACAUUACCGCACCGGAAACACCGACCCUCAAAGAGAAGGAGAAAAUCAAGGAGAAACCCGCUCCGACUCCAGCGAAAGAGGUCGAGAACAAGGAGAACAAACCAGUGGAAGAGAGCGCCAGUACGGACAAGCCUAAAGAGAAGGAGCGUGUACUGACGCCGCUGGUUCGUCAGCCGCUCGAGUACAUAGCGGCCACUAGAAAGAAGUCCAGACAUCGCAACCGCAAGCACAGCCAGGAGCGCCAAGGCGCAGACUCCCCGGUGUUCCCAUCUCCACCUCGAGUCACUUACCAGAAGUCCAACAGCAAGAAGCGGCGGGACUACCGACCCAUAGAGGUGAGCCCUCUGACCCGAGCUCCAGAAGGGGCUGAAUGGAACGGUUCUACACUACAGUUCUACAACCGCAACAUGAACUCGCCCACUCCCAGCACUUCAGGUCGUACUGGAAAGAUCUACCAAGGAUGGAAUGCUGAUACCGACUCCUGGGACAUCAAGCAGAGCACUGCGUCUCAGGAAAUACACAAACUGAGGAAACUAGAGUUGUCGUAUGCGGAGGUGUUGAGAAACGCCGACAAAACUAAACCGAGACGCAAGAAGCAUCAGUAAAUAAAGAUUUUAAAUUCCGACCCCCUUUUGCUUUCAGCAAGGGCAGAGUGAUCCAAGCGCCAUUUGUCUUUGCCAAUUGGACGUAUUUUAGUUUAGGAGUAUGUAUUGUGAUCUAAUAGCAUUACUUUUUAAUUUGUACCUAUAAUCACAAUAGUUAAUUGCCAUAAUUCCGAUGGUAUUACUUUAUACCAUGUAAAGUGAAAUGCCCUUUUAAUUUAUUUAUAUUCAAAGUCCCUACAAAUUGGUAUACUUCCCUCCGAAAGCAUGAUACAAAAUUAUCAACAAACAAAAAUACAAUUGAAUUUUUGAUUGCAUUUAGCAUCCCAUGAUUAACGACUCAAGAUCGUUUGAGUACUGCAUUUUAAAUUGUUUUAUUAUUCGAGUUUUACCCUAUUAACUCUUUGUUACUAUAUUAGUCAUUAAUAUAAAUUGUAUAUUAUGUAUUUUUAUUUGAGUGUAAAUAUUAUUUCGCGUAAGUUUAGUUAUAACGUUUUUUUAUUGCCAUGAAUAUUUGUUGCGAGUACUCAAGGUUUGUAUGGGAUUGUAUGCUAACAUUAUUUAAAGAUGAGCGGAGAUGAAGUAUUACGUAUAAAAGAAUAAAAAUUUGCAUCGAAA